UAUUAUAUAAAUGAACAAACAUGAUAGAAUUGGCAUAAGUUCUAAAGGUAAGCCCAGUACAAGAGCACGUCACUAUAAUUAAAAUAUUUGCAUUAAAAAAUAUUAAUGAAAAAUUAAAAUUACUGAGAAUAAAUUAAAAUAUAAAAUAGCAAUGGGAUUGGAAGAUGUUGAGUAUGUCAGCGUUUUAAGGAAGGAUCAUAAUGACGAUGCCCCGCCCAAACUGGAUGUUCCAAAAGGAUUUGGAGCACGACAUAGACAAGCUCUUAUUUUAUUCUUAUGUUUAACUGUAGGCAUCGCCAUGAGAGCACAACUCAGCGUUUCCAUGGUAGCCAUGACUAGUCCCACUCAACCAAACAUUGUUUACCUGUGUAACGUUACUGAUAUUGAUAACGUUAGACGAAAUAGAAGAAACAAUGAUACUUUUACUGACUAUAGUAACGAACAAAAUGAUACUGAGGCCGGUAAUAGGAUUAAUGACAAAAAGAACAACCCUUAUUGGGGAAAGUGUACAGAGAAAUAUGAAAUUGAACCAAGUAAAUGGAGUCCAUACAGAACGUAUAAAUGGAGUAAACCGACCCAAGAAAUGAUCCUGUUCUCGUUCUUUGUUGGAUACACCACGAUGAUGCUGCCAAUGGGUGUGAUCACACAGAAGUAUGGAGGGAAGCGGCCGAUACUAGUGGCCUUAGCGGUCAACGGUGUCCUAUCGAUACUCACACCGUGGUUUCCAUUAUUUACAGGUUGGAUCGGCGUGUGCAUAUGCCGCCUGGUGCAAGGAUUCACUCAAGCCGCGUUUUAUCCUGGCAUCCACACCAUACUUGGGAAAUGGGCUCCAUUAUCUGAAAGAGGAAGACUUGCUACAUACAUUUAUUCUGGAUCCCAGUUCGGCACAGUCUUCAUCUUCCAAAUAUCCGGCGUCCUCGCUGCCAUCCCCUGGCUUGGCUGGCCUUCCAUCUUCUGGAUGUGUGGCAGCCUCAGCCUCUGCUGCUUCGGUCUUCUGGCCUGGUUCGGGGCCGCCAGCCCUCAUGACUGUGCUACUAUCAGCUCUGAGGAACUAGCCUAUAUCAUUGGCGAUAGGGUUGCUGAUGUCAGUUCGAAGAGACGCAGAACACCCUGGAAACAUAUUCUGACCAGUACAGCGGUGUGGGGCAUGAUACUCACGCAGGCCGGUAGUGCUAUGGCGUACCUCCUCAUGCUAAAUGAGACUCCCACCUACAUGAGUAACGUUCUGAAAGUUAAUAUCAAAAAGAAUGGUCUUUACUCUUCGUUGCCGUACAUAGCGAUGUACGUGAUGCUUCUCUUCUUUGGCUGGCUCUCGGAUAUAUUAGUUGUAAAGAAGAUCCUCUCAGUUCGGAACGUUAGAAGAGUUGCUAACAGUAUUGGUACGAUUGGGUCCGGGACAUUUUUAAUAGCGUUCGGAUUCGCCAAUAGCACGGGCCUGGCCGUGGUUAUGCUCAUCCUGUGCCUUGGUUUUCACUCCGCCACACAUGUGGGCUUUCACAUUAACCACAUAGACUUGGCACCCAACUACGCCGGCACUCUGAUGGCGUUAAGCAACAUGAUCGCCAACCUUACUAGUCUGCUGGUGCCGGUCAUGGUGUCAAACAUCAUUAACGAUAUGACAAAUCACCGUCAAUGGCAGACUGUGUUCAUCAUCGUCAGCGUCAUCAAGUUUGUGACGAAUCUGUUUUAUGUGAUAUUUGCGAGAGGAGAAGUACAGGACUGGAACUUCUAUGGAGAUGAAACUGAACAGUAUCCAUUGAAACAAGGUUUGACAGUAAUCGAAGAAAAAAAUACUCGUACAUCUAACGGAAAAACUCCUAGAGAAGCGUAAAACUAU